AGACACUACCUGAGGAAACCAAAACGAUCACAGUCUCCGUUUCCUCUUCCUUUGUCUCUCGAAAAAAAAGGUUGUCUUUCUCUCUCUCUCUCUCUUCCGAAAUUCCCAGAACUUAGCGAAAGCGGUGGGCACUGGUUUUGUGGAGCUAAUCGAAGUUCGAAGAAGAUGUUGAGGGUUGCAGCGAGGAAGCUCUCUUCUCUGUCUUCGCCUCCAUGGAGACCCAACCAGGUUCAGGCCUCCUCGGCCCUUGUCUCCCGUCAUUUCAUCAACGGCGGUGAUUCCUCUUCCUCUGGUGAUCCCAGAUCCAACGGCUCUGCUUACUCCUUCUCUUUCGGACCUGACUUCCACGUCCCUUUCAGAGGUUUUGCUUCUGAGUCUCUUACCCCAAUAAAGGAAAAUGGAAUAGUUUCAGAUGUUCCUGCAACUGUGGCAGCCGUGAAGAACCCUACUUCAAAGAUAGUUUAUGAUGAGUACAACCAUGAGCGUUAUCCUCCAGGGGACCCCAGCAAGCGGGCAUUUGCAUAUUUUGUCCUCACCGGUGGUAGGUUUGUAUAUGCCUCACUGAUUCGUCUCCUUAUCCUCAAGUUUGUGCUGAGCAUGUCAGCUAGUAAGGAUGUUCUUGCCAUGGCUUCCCUUGAGGUUGAUCUCUCCAGCAUUGAGCCAGGCUCCACUGUGACUGUUAAGUGGCGUGGAAAGCCAGUCUUCAUCAGGCGCCGAACGGAGGAGGAUAUAAAGCUGGCAAAUAGUGUAGAUAUUUCAUCUCUUCGUGACCCACAGCCAGACUCUGAGAGGGUAAAGAAUCCUGAAUGGCUUAUUGUUGUUGGAGUAUGCACACAUCUGGGUUGCAUUCCCUUGCCAAAUGCUGGUGACUUUGGUGGAUGGUUUUGCCCAUGCCAUGGUUCCCAUUAUGAUAUCUCUGGCAGGAUUCGCAAGGGGCCUGCACCAUACAAUUUGGAGGUACCGACUUACUCCUUUUUGGAGGAGAACAAGUUAAUGGUUGGUUGAGAAUCAUAAACUGCUCUCUAGCAAACUGCAGUUAUUUGAGAUCCCAAUAUCAUUUAAUUUAGUCAGAUAAUGUCGAAGAUUUGUCGCAGAAAUGUUGGAUUUCAGCCCAUCGUUGUUGGGCAUGUUUAGAAAUGUUUAUGUAACUUGAGUUUUGUAAACUGCUACUGUUGGUGUUACUCUGAACUCUCAAUAAUUUCCCUAGCCUUUGAGCUUUGAUGGUUUUGAAACUUCACAAUUUGAGGAAGCAACUAUGAAAUUGUUAUUUUAGGUC